UAAUUGUUAAACAGGUGGGAUCACUGGCGUGUUGUAAACAAAUUGUUCUGUAGUUUAUUGUUUUAUUUCAAUAUACAUUGUAGGAAGACAUUAAAUGUUUAAUGAGGCAUGUUGCUUACUAUGCUUAGAAAGUUCAAAGGAUCAAAUAGAUUUGGACUGUAAAGAAGGUACCGCGUUGAAUGGUCGAGAAGUGAUUGAACUGCAUUUCAAGCAGGAGUUGGAUAUGAUGUCACAAAUUGAAAUAAAAUUCAUUUGUCGAAAAUGUUGGAAUUUAGUAGAAACAUUUCAUAAAUUUUAUGAACAUGUCAAACAAGUGCACAAGGAAGCGGCGAACACAUUGAAAAGCGUGACUUUGGAAAAUGAUAUCUUAGAAAUAAAAGAAGAAAUCAUACAUAAUAACGACAUAAAAGUUGAACCAAGACGACGUAGGGGACGUCCUAGACGUCAAAGAAGACCUGAAACUGUCGAAGUCUUUUGGAAGCCUUCCAUACCACUUAAGGAAUGUCAAGUUAAAAUUGAAGAAUUAAUAUUACCCGCCUCAAUUAGUCCCAAAGAUAUAUGUAAUCGAUCUGAGAUUGUUCCCGAAUCAUUAGAGGUUAAAGAUGAGUCUAUACUCGAAGAUUAUAUGGAUAAUUCUAUAUCAGAAUAUAGUUCUGACUCUGAAGAAUUGAAGAGUGAAAAUGGAGAAGAUAAACAAUCAAAAAGAAAGUCUCGUAAGAUAAAUAAAAGAACAGGCGUCAAUAAAAAAACUGCGGAAUCGGAUGAAUAUAUUACAAAGAAAAAUUUCAAAUUUACUUGUUGCAUUUGUCAAACUUCAUUAGAAAACUUCAAACAUUUGAAAAGUCAUUUUCGUGAAGAGCACCAAACGAGUGGUUAUGUGCUAUGUUGUGGUAAAAAAUUACCUGAACGCGGUUUAUUAAUUGAUCAUAUUCAUUUUCAUGAAGAUCCUGACUACUUCAAAUGUAAACACUGUGGGAAGCGAAUGUCGGAGCGCCGUAGCCUCGAUCUUCAUCUUCAGUAUGCGCAUGGAAAUCGGGAACGAGUACAUCGUUGUUCAAUUUGUUCCAAAGGAUUUUUCCGUGCAUCUUGUUUGAAACAACAUUACAAUAUACACGUUUCAGAAGAUCAAAAAACAGUACCAUGUUUAGAAUGUGGUAAAACCUUCCCAGACGACGUUGAAUUAAGAAAACACAUGCGUCUUACCCAUUUGAAUGUUUAUGCAAAAAUAUGUGAUAUUUGUGGUAUAUCGAUAAAGGGGCGCGAUGCUCUGGAGCGGCAUCAAGCCGAACAUGCUGGUGUUCCGCGAAAACUUAUAAAAUGUGAUCUAUGUGAUGCUGCGCUCACUACGAAAUAUGGCUUAGCACGUCAUAUGAAAACUAUGCAUACGGAAGAGUAUCAGACGCCACAAGUGUGCCCAAUGUGUUCGAAAGUUUCACCAUCUUUGCAGGCUCAUCGCAACCAUAUAAAGUAUAUGCAUUCCUUGCAAAGGAAACAUGUAUGCAAAUUAUGCGACAAAGCCUUUAAACGGCUGACCGAUUUCAAAGAGCACAUGGCCACACAUACCGGCGAAGCUUUAUAUACCUGUAGUUUUUGUCCACAAACUUUCAAAUCGAAUGCCAAUAUGUAUUCUCAUCGAAAGAAGAAACAUGCUAAGGAGUGGGCAGAACAAUGUGCGUUGAAGAGAAGCUUAGCGGUACCUUUAAAGCAGGCUAUCGCAACCGACUACUAAAAACAACUUUAGCAAAUUCGAUGGGAUCUUAUUUUAGGGUUGAUAUAGCUAAUUUGAAAGCCAUAUGAUAAAAUAUUUAACAAUUAUUUUUUUUUUAUUAAUCUUCUGAUUAGGAACCAUUUAAUAAUUUUAAUUUUUCUGAAAAUAUUCAGAUAUCAUUUACUCUGACUUAACCUAUAAAAUAGCAGUAGCCGUGCGGAGUCAUUGACAUCACAUAUGAUAUAACGUUUAGAGCAGUUAAGACGAAAAAAAAAAUAUUUUGGGACCACCUUAGUGGAUAUCACACUUACAUAGUGUGUACCUUCAGCAACUAUAAUACUCAAUGCUUGCUUGGCGACACAACGUCUGCAAUAACAUACCAACAAUAUACUCGUACAGGCAUAUAUGUAUAUGCAUACCUAGGGGUUACGUCUGGCUCCCUCACAUAUAGGUAGUGAUAUACAAUAUGUAUAUGUACAGAUUGCAUGGAAUGCCUUCUACGAAAAACACUCAAACUAUCAUAAUCACACAUUAGUUUUAAUUGAGUUAUAAUUUUUCGGUGACCGCAAAAGUGUCAAAACUGUAAGUGCGGAGGAUCCGGUUGUAUAAGCACUUGAGGCACUACAUACAUACAUACAUACAUACAUAAAAAUCUAGGUAUAUAUGUAAGCAGGCAUUGAUAAUAAAUUGUCCCACUUCAAAGAAAGUAAUGAAACACCUCUGGAUGCGGAGGAAAAUUCGGACUCUAGGGCAGUGGGAAAGUAUAUACAUACAUACGUAUAUAUGUAUGCAUGUAUCAACGCAAAUUUUGGUUAAUAUUGCGUAUGCAAUAACUUUUUAAACAGUUGUCUUUGCCAUACUUCAUUUAUUGCAUUGUCAACGUAUGCCACUGCCGAAGAAGGCAUUGAGUUCAUUUGUAAGCGCUCCUGCUGUGUGGACAGACAUUGCAUUUUAUUAUUUUACUCUGCAUGCGCUUGACUUAUGUAUAUACAUAUUUAUUUUUAUACAUUAUAUAACAUCAAAAAAUAAUCUAGAAUACCAAUACAAAUUCUUCCGAAAUUUCAUAGAAAGACUCCGCCUAUGAGUUCAUUAGUAAACGAGGCUUUAGAAACGACGACACAGUCGCGAAUAUUUUUCAAAUUUUUUUAUUUUUGUUGUAAACUCAAGAUGACUACCACUUGUUUGUUGGUAGGUUCAUAUCCCGAUCGAUAAAAAUUAUAAAAAAUAUGUCUAAUCCAUUAAGAAGCGGAAUGUGGCUAGUUGGACUCAUCAUUUAUCGCAGAGAUGCGCAUUACGAAAACGAGAACCGACGCGGUUGUUGUUGUAGUGGCAAAAAACUGCCUGAAGUAAUCUGGUGAAAUGCCACCGAGUUGACAGAUUUUGGCCGGAUAAAAAUCCGGAUUCGUUCCGGUUGCGUAGGACCGUUUGUCGUGGGCAUGGUCCGUGUUCAUGAACCGAAAGGGUCUGUUCUAAUGCUUUCUAAAAUACCAGACGGUUUAUCGUGCGAAUAUUAUAUCUUCAGUUUUUAUGUGGAUUGAAUAAAGAAACAGAAAAAAAUGAACCUAUAAAAA